AAAAAAUGAGACAGAAAAAAUGGCGGACCUCGGGAAAAUCAGUCCCGAGUCUUUGCCCCGUUUCGUCAACUGUUCGCGAAAACAGUCAUUCCGGGGGAAGCUUUUCAUCCUCCUCUGCGCGCUUAUCGUGGACUCCGGAGGGGCCACGACCCACUGGGUCGUCACGGAGGACGGGAAGAUCCAACAGCAGGUUGACUCACCUUUAAAUCUGAAGCAUCCGCACGAUGUCGUGAUCUUCAUGAGGCAAGAGACUCGAGUUGACUACCUCAAGAAGCUGGAGAAGCAGCUGGUGACGCAGAAGAUUCACAUCGAGGAGAACGAGGACCGAGACACGGGGCUGGAGCAGAGGCACUACAAAGAGGACGCGGACUGCGUCAUGGCCAAGGUACCCCUGGGAGACCUGGACCUGUACGAUGGCACCUACGUUUCCCUGGAGAGCAAAGACAUCGGCCCUGAAGACUACGUAGAUUCCCGGUCAGCUCUGCCCCCGGAUCUAGAAAAGCCUGACUGUGCAAAAGUGUUUGAGCUACCUUAUAGCAUCCAUGCUUUCCAGCAUCUCAGGGGCGUCCAGGAGAGGGCGAACCUGACCUCCCCGCUGCUCUCUAAGGAGGACCCGAUCUUCAGCUCGCUGUCUCACAGGCUGGGCCGCAGCGUGGACGAUGUGGGCCACCGCAUCCACCAGGAGCUCCUGAGGAAUUCGUCGUCCUGGGUGCUGUACAACAUGGCGUCGUUUUACUGGCGCAUGAAGAACGAGCCUCAGAGGGCCGUCGACUGCGUGGUGCGCGCUCUGCAUUUCUCCCCGAGGCAGCACAAGGACGUCGCCCUGGUCAACAUGGCCAACAUCCUGCACCGCGCCCAUUUCUCCGCAGACGCCGCCAUUCUCGCCCACGCUGCCAUGGACCUCACGUCGGACCUCUUCACCAGCCACUACACCCUGGGCAACAUUUACGCCAUGCUCGGGGAAUACAACCACUCCGUGCUGUGCUACGAGCAGGCGCUGCAGGCCCAGCCGGGCUUCGAGCAGGCGCUGAGGAGGAAGCACUCUGUGCUCUGUCAGCAGAAGCUGGAGCAGCGGCUGGAAGCCCAGCACAGAUCCCUGCAGCGGACGCUCAACGAACUGAAGGAGUACCAGAAGCAGCACGACCACUACCUCCGCCAGCAGGAGGCGCUGGACAAACACAAGCUGCUGCAGGAGGAGCAGAUCCUGAGAAACAUCAUCCACGAGACGCAGAUGGCCAAGGAAGCCCAACUUGGGAACCAUCAGAUGUGUCGGCUGGGUCAGCAGCAGCGCAGCCUCUACUGCCCCUUUGACCUGCCCGUGCGCUAUCACCGCGGCGACCUGUUCGAGCACGUCCACUUCGUCCAGUUCGGGGAGGAGGUGUCGGUGGCGUCCAGCGUGGCGCUCGUGUCGGAGCGCGACUCCAACCAGACGGCGGCCAGCCCCCGGCUCCACCCCUCGGUGUCCGGAGACCAGGACCCUGCCGCCGCUCUGUGGGGCAGCCGUCAGGAUUACACACAGGAUACUCAGAAGAAGUUGUGGCCUCAGAGGACGGACUGCGCCCACGAGUACCCGAGCGUCCCCCCCGCUCACCUGCUGCCGACCUACUAUCUUCCACCCGAGACGCAGGGCCUCGGCCCAGUGGCAACUCUCCUCUACGGGAGCAGCAGACCUCCGACGGCCGCCCUGCCGGACUGUGGUCCCGUCCCCCAACCCUACCCGGCCCUCAUGCCGGCCUCACUAGACUGGCCUCUGGAAGAGAAGACGCUGCCAGAUCCCUCUGCCUUCGAGGUGCUGCAGGUGCGUAGUGGAGGAUGGACGCUGGAGCAGAUCGGCUCCCGAAUAGCUCAAGCUAUGAAACAAGCCGCCGUGCCCCGCUGGCAGCUCCACAACGAGGCGGCCCUCUUCUGGCGGGCCAAAGGCAACGCCAGCCGCGCCCUACGCUGCCUGCGCCACGCGUUGAGCUCCGCCCCCCCCGCCCACCGCCACUUGUCCCUCACCAACGCCGCUAACCUGCUGCUGCACCACGGCUUGACCGCCCACGCACACGCACUGCUGGAGCAAGCGCUGGCUGUCAAUGCAUCGGAGCCGCACACCCUGCUCAGCCUGGUGAGCGUGCACUUGGCCCAGGGCAACGUGACGGGCGCCCUGGCUCUGUUCCGCCGCGUCCUGGCGACGGCGCGCUCCUCCUCCUCGUCCUUCUCGUCCUUCGCCGGCUGCGAGCAGUGCCGCCGCAGCCUGCCUCUGCUGCGCUGCCUGCAGUUCUACCCCUUCCUCUACAACCUCUCACGCCGUCAGCCCUGCUCCCAGGGCGUCGCCUGUGUGGCUGAGAAGGAGCUCGGGAUACAGCUGGAGGAAUGGGAGGGCAGCGAAGAGAAGCAGGACGCGCCCGCCAUGUCCGCCAUGGAGGACUCCCUGCUCUUUGAGAAGGUUAUCUUGGACAGCAACGGGUCGGGCGAAGCGGCCGGACAGCAGCAGCGUGCUUCUCCCUCCGCCUCAGGAACGACUCACAUGCCCACGGCGUUCGGCGGUGGCAGCGGCGGCGGAGCGGAAGGGGAGGAGGAGUGGCAGCUGAAGGAGGACCUGAUGGGAGCUUUCGAGGGCGCGCUGGAUGUCGGCGGCAAGCGGGGGGACCUGCGCGGCAUCCGGGUGCUGAAGAACGACCGCGUCAUGGGCGCCCGCGCCGGCGGCGGGCCGUGCUUCGGGAACUGCGAGGACGACGAGGGAGCCGAGUGGAUCACCUUCCAGGUGAAGCGGGUGAGGAAGGCGAAGGUGGACGGCACGGAGAGCGUCGCCAUGGGCGACGACGGCCCGAACGGGGAGUCGCUGCCCGGAGGACACUCGGUCUUGGAGAUAAGCGGGCCGACCAUCCCGUCGCCCGGCCCCUCAGGACGCUGGAGGGACUACACAAGUCUGGGCUGGCCGGGGCCGGAGGAGUGCCAGCGGACACGGAGGGUCGACCUCACCACGGUGGCGAGCACCUGGUUGGCCGUUUCCGCCAAGAACAUCGACAUCACGGAGCACAUCGACUUUGCCACUCCGCUCCAGGAGCCGGCCGCCGAACCUUUAUGCAACGCCAACCUCGCCGCCAGCAUGCACACCCUGGACCACCUGGCCGGGGUGGCCAACCGCGCCGCCAUCCACUACACCGGAGAGAGCCAGCUGCGUGAGGUCCUGCAGAACCUCGGCAAGGACAAGUUCUCUCCUCAGUCCUUUGAGCAGGUGGGAACGCGCAUCGCUAAAGUUCUGGAGAAGAAUCAAACAUCGUGGGUUUUAUCCAGCAUGGCCGCGCUCUACUGGAGGGUCAAAGGUCAAGGCAAGAGAGCCAUCGACUGCCUGCGACAGGCCCUCAACUAUGCGCCCCAUCACAUGAAGGACGUGCCCCUCAUCAGCCUGGCCAACAUCUUCCAGAACGCCCGUCUGUGGGAGGACGCGCUCACCGUGGCGCGCAUGGCGGUGGAAAUCGCACCGCACUUCGUCGUGAACCACUUCACCCUGGCCAACGUCUACAUCGCUAUGGAGGAGUUUGAGAAAGCCAUGCGCUGGUACGAGUCUACGCUGAAGCUGCAGCCGGAGUUCGCCCCGGCUAAAGAUCGUCUGAGGACCAUCCAGUGUUACCUGCUCACCAAGAGGGAACGCCGUCAGCCCUGAGCCACAGGAGUACCCCCACUGUCACACACACACACACACACACACACACACACACACACACACACACACACACUCAUCCGGAGAACCGCAGAUAAGGAGCACAGAAUAAAAGUGCACUUGAUUGUGGUUUCGAGGUGAGAUGUAGAAUCCGGGUUUCUAACCCCCCCCCCCCCCCCCAAAAAAAAAAAAAAGAAAGUACAACUGUAGAUAAUUUUUUUGCCCCACAACUUAUAUGUCAGAUGCAGGACCUCCUUGUUAUCUCACAAUCAAGAAGUCAUAUGAUUGAAUAAUUAUUGUUGUUUUUAAUUUCUUUUAGGUUCCACAAAAAUAAUACGGUUCUUAAAUUCCAGUCAAUUCUUCUGUAAUGUUUUUUUUUUUAUAGAUUUUUUUUAUUUUUUAUUUCAAACUAUGCUAAUUUGUAAACAACGGCUCACGCUGUCAUCCCUAAAGACAUUUCAUCAUUUUUUUGGGGUGUUUUUUUUUUUUUGGAGGUGGAAUAAUAAUAACACGCCGCAGCCUGGAGAUGGCGCCAUGUUUUAGAUUUCGGAUGACAAAGAUGAUUAUGGGAUGUCUUUUUUUUUAUUUUAUUUUUUUUAUGGUCUCUCAACUCAGAGGUUAAAGGAGUUCAAACUGAACCGGUUCUGCUUCAUUAAAUGGAUGGGAAUUCUCAAUUUUGUGCACUUUUUAAAAAAUGUUCUUUUCUUUUUAUAUAUAUAUAUAUAUAUAUAUAUAUAUAUCAUUCCUAUUUAUAUGGGACCUUUUUGAUUAUGUUCCAAAGUAAUUUAAAUACAUAAAAAGAGAAAACUACGACAUGCUAUGACAUUUUGCUGCUUAACUUAAGGCAGAAAAAAAAGGGUUUUGCCAUUGACCAUCUAUUAUAAUAAUACAAAUAAAUAAAAGACAAAAAGUGGAAUCUGUAUUGAAUGUACAGUAUUAAAGGCAGUGUGUGGAUUUCAUUAGA